CUUCCCUCAUCAAACCUUCAAAAAAAAUCCCUCCCAAACCCUAACUCUCGCACGCUACCAAUGCAAAGCAGAACCUCCGACGUCGUUCUGGAAAUGGACCAUCAUCAUCAUCGUCCAAAACCAGCCACCACCAGAUCCCAAUCCAUGAAAGACGACGACCUAAUCACCAGCCGACAGGAUCAUCAUCAUCACCGUCCAAAACCAACCAAAACCCUCCGCCGCCUCAGCCUCUCCAAGCCCAAAGCUCGUCUCCUCGAGUACAACUACCCUCUAGCUCCAUCCUCCAUCCCCGAGAAUAUUAACUCACCAAACAACAACGAUCACAAACCCACCCACUCCGACGACUCGUCGUCGUCGCAGGACGACGACGAGUGGAGCCACGACGACGAUUUCGACGAAACGAGCACCUCACUCUCCUCCUCCAAGCAGAAGCUUCACAGGAGGAGGAAGAAGUUCCCAUUAAGGUACUUCAUCGAGUGCGUCAUGUUCAUGGCGAUCCUGGCCUGCCUGGUGACGUCCCUGACGGUGCACCCGUUCAACCGGAGGAAGCGGGUGUGGAAGUGGUGCCUGAUGGUGAUGGUGACGUUCUGCGGCCGGCUGGUCUCCGGCUGGAUGAUGGCGGUGGCGGUGUUCGCCAUCGAAAGGAACUUCAUGCUCCGGGAGAAGGUGCUCUACUUCGUCUACGGGCUCCGGAAGGGGAUCCAGAACUGCGUCUGGCUGGGCCUGGUCCUCCUCUCCUGGACCUUCGUCUUCAGCCCGCAGCUCCACAAGAAGUACAAGCUCCUCGACCGCGUCUACCGCGGGCUGGUGGCGGUCCUGGUGGCCGCCGUGAUCUGGCUGGUGAAGAUCGUGCUGGUGAAGACCCUCGCGUCGUCGUUCCACGUGGCGACCUACUUCGACCGGAUGAAGGAGAGCGUGUUCCACCACUACGUCCUCGACACGCUCUCCGGGCCGCCGGCGGAGAGGGCGGCGGUGGAGCAGCGGAGCGGGCUGAUGGAGUCGAAGUCGAUGCCGGCCGACGGAGGGAGGAGGAGGAAGCGGCGGGUGUUGGGGAAGUCGAGGUCGACGAAUACGACGACGUCGUCGUCGAGGAAGGACACGGUGGAGGAGCUGAGGCGGCUGAGCUUGGAGAGCAGGACGUCGGCGUGGGGGAUCAGGCGGCUGGUGAACCACGUGAUGACGUCGGGGCUGUCGACGAUCUCGAAGACGGUGGACGAUUUCGCCAAGGCGGAGUCGGAGAUCGGCAGCGAGUGGCAGGCCAGAGGCGCGGCCAAGAGGAUUUUCGUCAACGUCGCUAAACCUGGUGCCAAGUACAUAGAAGAAGAAGAUCUCAUGAGAUUCUUGUCCAGAGUUGAGAUUCACACCAUAUUCCCGUUCUUCGAAGGUGCCCUCGAGACAGGAAGGAUCUCCAAGCCCUCCUUCAGAAAUUGGGUGGUGCGCGCAUAUUUGGAGAGGAAGUCGCUGGCGCACUCCCUGAACGACACGAGGACGGCGGUGCACCAGCUCCACAAGCUGGCGAGCGUGGUGGUGGUGGUGAUCAUAGCGGCGGUGACGGUGGUGCUGAUGGGGCUGGCGAACCUGCAGGUGAUUUUCUUCGUCACCACCCAGAUGGUGGUGGUCGGCGUCAUCUUCCAGAACAUGUGCCGGAACGUGUUCGAGUCCAUCGUCUUCGUCUUCAUCAUGCACCCUUUCGACAUCGGCGACCGCUGCGUCGUCGACGGCGUCCAGAUGGUGGUUGAGGAGAUGAACAUACUGACGACGGUGUUCCUGAGAUACGACAACGAGAAGAUUUACUACCCGAAUUCCGUCCUGCUCACAAAACCAAUCAGCAAUUUCUACAGGAGCCCGGAGAUGAGCGACGCCGUCAACUUCUCCGUCGACAUCUCCACUUCCAUGGACACCAUCCACGCCCUCAAGAAAGCAAUUCAAAUCUACAUCGAGAGCAAGCCAGGUUACUGGAACCCGAAGCACUCCGUGGUGGUGAAGGAGAUCGCGCCGAUGAACUUGAUGAACAUGGCGCUGUGCGUGCAGCACACCAUCAACCACCAGAACUACGGGGAGAGGAACUACAGGAUGACGGAGCUCAUUCUCGAGCUGAAGGGCAUGUUUGAUAAUCUCGGGAUCAGGUAUCGCCUCCUUCCUCAGGAGAUCCACCUUACUCGUUGUGAUCGAUUCGACGACGACGCGGUUGCUGCUAAGAACGACUAAAACGCGAUGCUCGUAUAUUUUGACUGCGCUUGUAAGUGAAGUCAAAUGCGGAUUAUUAUUAUUUUUUUACUUUUUUUCUUUUUACAGUUGAUCGUGAUAAUAAAUUAAGAAUGUAUGUAACAACUAUCUUCUUUGUUCUUAUUCCUGUAACGCGAUGAGAUUCUACAACUUUAUUAUCGUUCAUAAUGCUUGAACUUACGCUCGAUCUUUUUGGUUCUGAC